CGGCGCGCGCCUCCCGGAAGUUGCCUACUGGGAUUCUGAACGCUGCCUCCGCGAGGUCCCCGCUUGUACUUGCGGAGUAGAGUCGGGCUGUAGCACCGCUGACGGGAGUGUCGUGCCCGGGCUCGGCCUCCAGGUUCACGAGCGCAGUGCCGACAGUGACCUGGUGACCAUGGCGGAGCUGCAGCCCCUGGCUCUGCAGCUGGAACAGUUGUUGAAUCCAAGACCGCGUGAGGCGGAUCCUGAGGCGGACCCGGAGGAGGCCACUAGAGCCAGAGUGAUUGACAGGUUUGAUGAAGGGGAAGAGGAAGAAGAUGAUCUGCCAGUGAGUAGUAUUAGAAAGUUGGCACCGGUCUCCCUCUUGGACACCGACAAAAGGUAUUCUGGCAAGACCACUUCUCGGAAAGCUUGGAAAGAAGACCAUUGGGACCAGACUCUGCCAAGUUCAUCGGACAAUGAAAUACCUGAUGAAGGAGGCUCUGAAGCUGGGGAUUCAGAGGGCCUGGAGGAGCUCUCAGAAGAUGUUGAGGAAGACUUGGAAGACAAUGAAAUACCUGAUGAAGGAGGCUCUGAAGAUGGGGAUUCAGAGGGCCUGGAGGAGGAGAUCUCAGAAGAUGUUGAGGAAGACUUAGAAGGUGAGGAUGAGGAAGACAGAGAAGAGGACAGGAACAGUGAAGAUGACGGCGUGGUGAUGGCCUUCUCCGGUGUUAAAGUUUCUGAGGAAGUGGAAAAAGGAAGAGCUGUGAAGAACCAGAUAGCGUUGUGGGACCAGCUCUUGGAAGGAAGGAUCAAACUACAAAAAGCUCUCUUGACUACCAAUCAAUUGCCUCAACCAGAUGUUUUCCCUGUCUUCAAGGACAAAGGUGGCCCAGAAUUUGCCAGUGCUCUGAAAAAUACAAUGGCCGCAAGCAAUCCCUUCUUCCUGCCUGGCAUUGAAGACUUGAAAAGAAGAGCAGCAAGUCAGUGGACCAAGCUGAUUCUGCCCCAAGUCUUCGUCAUCGUCAACACUAUACCACCCUGAGAGGGCUAGCAGCAAGGGAGGUAAUCACCACACUGCUGAGGAGGAUAUCGUGAAGGACCAUGACAUGCAGGAGGAUAUUGCUACACUGAGCAUUAUUGCUCCUUGCCUAGAACCCUGGCCUGGAACAUCAUGACAGACAGACAAGUGAUGGUGCUCUAGAAGAGUAGUAUUGGAGAUGACUGUAUUGACCUUAGUGGCGUCGGGGGUGUGGUAGAGGUAGAUGUUGCUGGGCUUGGUGCAGCAUGGCCUGGGAUAUUCUCAGUACAGCUAGAAAAUUACAUUGAUAACACUGCUGUGGCAGGGCGAGGACCUGCAAAUGUGCUUGCCAGGGUGUAGCCUCAGCCAGCUGCUGGGGAGCUUUAUCCCUGGGCCAUAGGUGAGUAGUACAUCACUCUUGACAUCCAAAUAGCCAACCUGAAGGUGUCUGCACUGAAUGAGCAAAACCGUGCCAUGAUUACACUACUUUUGGUGGUGUUCUCAGGAAACCAGAUUGACUCUACUCUAACCAACUUCCUGCUCUUUGCUGUUGCCAUCGUAACAAGUGGAGGGAAUGUCACAAAUGCCACCAUUUAUAAGAUACUAUUGACCUCAACUCUGGAGACUAUGGUUGACACCCUGGACAUCACUCAGGAGCAAAUCACUCCACAGCUGGGACUACUUAACAGCUCACUGGCAACAAAGACAGUGAUUUGGAGCUUACUGUGAAAGAAUGUUUGAUUAGAUUGGUGAAGCCUUCACUCUCUUGUCUCUCUGCUUUGGACUGUUAUGCCAGCAGACAGAAUAUCGGAUGCUAACAGGAUGGAUCGUCACAACCCUGCACUAUCCAACGGUUCAGAGAUUUCCCCUGGCCUGCACUCUUUGAUCUUUCCAUGCUCAAACUGGUUUUGAAGUGGGCUUGCUUUGGACAGUAUAUUGCUGGAGGGCCAGCUGCUGGUGGGCAUUGGGUAGGGUAGGGGGUUGCCGCAGAGAGUUUUCAAGAUAGCAGAAUUUCUUAAUCUUUUGUAUGCUGCCCUUCAACUGACCAUCAAAAUAGGAAGGGAUGCUACCGUGCAACAAUACCAGGGGUUCAUACUGUCCAAUUGAAGACAGUCAAAGGCAAGUGGGUUCAAGAAUAUACUGUACAAAAACUGUGCCUGCUAGGUUCCCAGUCAGCACUGGUCCUGACCCAAUUUUGGAGGUCAUACACAGCCUCCCGCUGCAAUGUAGAAUGGUAGCAGCUACAGGUUACUACCUCCAAAGUUCUACCUCCAAAGCAUCACCGUACAUGUAGAAACCACUCAAUCUCACUCGGUUUAAUUUAAAAAAAGAAAGAAAGAAGAAAAAGAUAGGUUUGGAGAUCUUACCAUUCUUACAACUAGAGCUAGGAAUACCCUCUGUCCAUAGGCAAGUAAAUAGGUAUGGUUUUUUUUUCUCUUGAGAUUUAUUUUAUAUGUAUAAGUGUGUGCCUGUACUUGUGGGUGUUUGUGGGUAUGUAUGUAUGUGUUUACAUCACGUGUGUCUGGUAACCUGUGGAAGCCAGAAGAGGGAGUUGGAUCUCCUGAAACUGGAAUUACUGAUAGUUGUGAGCCAACAUGUAAGUUCUGAGGAUUAAACUCAGAGCCUGCUGAGCCCAUCCGUCCAACCCCCUGUUUUUUCCUUAUAAAUGCAAUAUAUAUCUAUUAUAUGAACUUUGGAAAAAGCUUAACAAAAUUAGUCAAGUCUCCCCUAAUUCUAGCAGUUAGCUAGGUACUUUUAAGCUAGGCAUUAUGCUGUAAGCAUGCAGUUCACAUACUCAAGAAUUAAAGGCAGGAGUACCACAAGUGUGUGUGCUGGGGUUAGAGUUAAGGACCUUCAGUAUUUUGCUAUGUGGUUUUAUCUUUAUCCUAGAUGUUUCUUCUAUAUAUAUAUCGUUAGAAAAUAGGAACUUAUUCUAAAUAGUUCUGAACUCUGACUUUUUUCCAUGUAACAUGACUUUUUCUGUGUGUUUCAUGUUCCACAGCAUUAUUUCUAACUACGGUGUAGACUUUCAUCAUACGGUAGUUUAACCACUUCUUUAUAGUUGGACAUUUGGAUUGUUUUCAGGUUUUCAUUUUCCUAAGUGGUGAACAGAAAUCUCUGUUACUGAAUCUCGCAUUCAGGAUCACCUUGUUACAGAAAAUAAAUCUAGACGUAGAAUCCAUGCAUUCUUCAGGAUAGAUGAAGCUUAAAGCCUUUUUAUCCCUAUCAACCAAACUGCCCUCCAGAAAAGUUUUAUUAGUUUACACUCUUGCCUUAUUUAUAUUAGCAUCAGUUUUCUAUCCUGUCAGCACUGGGUAUUAUAAUUUUGUUUCAUCUUUGCUGCUUUGAUAAGUGGAAAAUGGUGUGCAUAUUUUAAUUUACAUUUCUUUUAAUUUACAUUUCACAGUAUUUAAUGAGGGCAAGCAUUUUCUACCUCUAGUUAUUGGUCCUUGUUAUUUCCUUUGUGAAUCAAAUAAGAAGAAAUUUAAACUGGUUCUAGAGAUGGGUGCUUUUCUUGUCAGUCAAUCUCAAAACUACCUCUUACUCCUCCUAGUUACUCUCUUCCUUCCCCUCCUCUUCUUCCUCCUUCCCCUUCCACUUUCUCCCCUCUUCCUCUCUCCUUCCUCCUUUCUUUCCUUCUUUCUCUUUCUUUUUCUCCUACGGAGACGGGCUUUCAUUCUGAGGCCAGGUUGACUUUGAACUCAGGAUUCUCCCACUUUAGCCCUCCCAAGUACUACGACUAAUAUGUAUGUCAUCACACAGGUUCCCGGUUUGACUUUAAUCUGCAUCUCCUUUUUGCUAGAUUUUUUUUUUUUUUAUUGCUACAGAGAAUAGAAGAAGACACCUUCCUUAGGAGGGUAGGUAGGUAGGUAGAUAGGUUUUGGUUUUUUUGCUUUGUUUUGUUUUUUGAGACAGGGUCUCUGUGUAACUUGACUGUCUACUCAUUAUAUAGACCAGGCUGACUUCAAACUCACAGAGAGCACUUGCCUUUGAAGUGCUGGGAUUAAAGGUAUGCACCACCACAUCUGGCUAUUCUUCUUCUUCCACCUCCUCUUCUUCCUUCACCCCUCCUCUUCCUCCUUUUCCUCCUCCUCAUCUUUCUUCUUUUCUAAUUAAAUUUUAUUUUAUGUGUCUAGAUGUUUGCCUGCAUGUAUGUCUGCAUUGCAUGUGUGCCUAGUGUCCAUAGAGGGUGUUGGAUAUCCUAGAACUGAAGUCACAGACAAUUGUGAAUCACUGUAUAGAUGUUGGGACUCAAAUCUGGAUCUUUUGGACGAACAGCCAGGGCUCUUGGUCAUUGAACCAUAUCUCUGACCCCAUCUCUUUAUAUUUUUGAAGAUAUUUUUAUUUGUUUGUUUUAGAUUCUUGCUAACUUGCUAUACAGCUCAGGCUGGCCUCAAACUUGUGACCGCCUCAGCUUCCUGAGUUCUCAGAUUAUAGGCCCUGCCAGACUUUGCUUUAUUUGAUCUUCAUUGCCUUUUUAAUAAGUCAGAAGGGCUAGAGAAAUGGCUCAGCAAUUAAAAGAACUUGAGGCUCUUUACAAGACUGAAGUUUGAUUCCCAACACACAUGCUGGGCAGCUUAUGACUGCCUGUCUCUCCAGCUCCAGGGUAUCCAGUGCCCUCUUCUGGCUUCUGUACACCUGUGCAUGUGGCAUACUAUAAAGUUUCUAAAAAAAAUUUUUAAGUCAUAAAACUUGUUUGUUACAAAAACAUUUUUCCUAACAAAACUGAAUAUGCUUCUCCUUCUUCAAAUAACACUGAAAUAUAUACUGUGGAAUAUGACAAUUCUUUCUGUUUUCAUUAUUUUCUCUAGAGAUAACUGUUCUUUUUUUAUUUUAUUUUAUUUUAUUUUUGAGACAGGUUUUCUCUGUAUAGCACUAACUGUCCUAGAACUCACUCUUUAGACAAGACUGGCUUCGAACUCAGAGAUCUACCUGCCUCUGCCCCUGCCUCCUGAGCGCUGGGAUUAAAGGCAGGAACCACCACUGCCUAGUGAGAGGCAUUUUUAACAAAUCUGUUCAUUGUACAUCUUUUCAUCUGAAAGGAAUGAAAUAAUGACAUCUAACAUUAAAUUCUCUUUAAUCAAUAAUUUCUAUCAGUAAAAAUGUAAGAUAAGGGUUGGGGAUUUGGCUCAGUGGUAGAGCGCUUGCUAGGCAAGAGCAAGGUCCUGGGUUCGGUCCCCAGCUCUGAAAAAAAGAAAAGAAAAAAAAAAUGUAAGAUAUACGUGAGCUCAUCCUUGGGUGUCCUGUAUUUGGUGUAUAUACCCAAGCCCUCUUUCUUUGCUCUUUUUGAAAUAGUUUGUUAAUAACAAUCAUAAGACCAUGUUGCUUGCAAAUAUUUAAGUAUGACUUUUUAAACAACGAGGGCAUUUUUUAAUGCAAUCAUCAUCAUUUAGCCUAAGCAAGCUAAUAGUCCUAGCGAUGUAAUGUGCUUUUUCUUCUUCGUGGUUUGGUUUGUUUAAACCAAGCUCCAUUUAUAUGUACCUUUUUCAGCUGUUACAUAAGAACAUUUCUGAUUAAAAUAAAAUUAAGCAGUUCCUUGCAAGUGGGCAACAGAUUUUUGUAUCUUUUUCAACUUAUUACAAACAGUGCUGAAAAUACUUUUUGUACCUAUCUCUUUGCUUUAAAAUUUCUUUCUUUAUGAUUAAUUUCUAGCUGUGGAAGGAAACAUGCAUGUGUAUAAUCCUGAUGCAUUUUACCUGACUGCCUUCUGCAUGUGCAGAGGUUAUUAAACUCUGAUCUGUUGUGAAUGCAGACUUUUUCUUAAAUUCUUGACAGCAUCAAGAAUUAUCAGAAAAAAAAUUUUAUAUUAUUAAUAUGUAUGUAUAUUUUUGUAGUAUUAGGGAUGGAACCCAGAGUUUUACAUGUUCUAGGAUGGUGCUAUACCUAUGAGCUUCAUCCCUAGGCCAAGAAAUUGAUUAAGGAGAGUUUGAUGUUAGAUGUCAUUUAUCACAUUUUUUUAAAUGUCUCAGUAGUUUUACUUUUUUUUAAGUAUAACUUUGUCUUUUUUUUUUUUUUCCCCCGGAGCUGAGGACCGAACCCAGGGCCUUGCGCUUGCUAGGCAAGUGCUCUACCACUGAGCUAAAUCCCCAGCCCCUUAAGUAUAACUUUAAGCAUCUUGUCUGUGUGCGGCUAUUUGAAAUUUUGAGAUUUAUUAUUCCAUUCCUUAGCACAGCCUUUUCAAAAUACAUGUAUUCCUUUAUCUCUUCCUAGUGAGACUUGGUUUUUGUUUUCAAUAUUUGGGCUUCCUUUUAUUUUCCUACAUUGUGUUUUCAAUUGUGGGGACCAAAUUAGGAUGAAACAUUUUAGUAGAGUCUCACUAGUGUUUUCUUAUCAUGUGGUGAUAUUGAAAUGGGAAAUUUUGCUAUGCUUGAGUAAUUAAAGGUUUUGGGAGUUGGGGAGAUGGCUUGGUGUUUAAGGGUGCUUCCUCUUCUUACAGAGGAACCAGAGGAACAGAGUUGCCAUCGUUGCUGGCUUAAAUUGCCUUCAAUUCCAGCUUUAGGACCUCUUAUGCCCUCUUUUGGCCUCUUACACGCAUGUGCACCUCUUCCACAUAUACAUAAACAUAUACACAAUUAAAUUUAUCUUAGAAGAGUAUUUCUGUAAUAAUUUUAUUUUAAAAUUUAUGGUAAAAAUGCUGCAGAAAAGAAGUCACAUACUGAAAUUAAUCAGACCCAAAGACUUAACAGUUCAGGAAACUUCUGUGUAGUUAGGAUGGUCAUUUAGAACGAAAGCUGGGGAACUUUGUAUCAGAUUUUAUAUAAAAUGAAGUACUAGUUAGCUUUAAAUAAGCAUUUGGAGGACAAUGGAUGUACUUAGAAUGUAUAAUAAUAUUAAAUGAAGUUACAUAAUCUUGGAAAGAAAAUAUUUAAGGUAAUUGUUUAAUUUGCUAGAGAUUAAACUCAGGACCUUAUGCAUUCUAGGCAAGUGCUGUAUGGCUAAGCCAUGCUCCCAGCAAUUUGGUAACUGAAAUUUGAUUGCACUUGGUUCCCUGUGUAGUUUUGCUUCAUAAUCCAGAAGAAUGCAUUAAUAUAGAAAACAAAACUUCAGGGGCUAGAGAGGUGACUUGGUGGUUAAGAGUGCUCAAUGUUGGGGGCUGGGGAUUUAGCUCAGUGGUAGAGCGCUUACCUAGGAAGCGCAAGGCCCUGGGUUCGGUCUCCAGCUCCGGAAAAAAAAAAAAGAAGCAAAAAAAAAAAAAAAAAAAAAAAAAAGAGUGCUCAAUGUUCUUCCAGAGGACCUAGGUUCAAUUCCCAGCACCCACAUGGCAGUUCAAAACUGUAACUUCAAAUCCAGGGAAUCUAACAGCCUCAUACAGAAUACAUGCAGGCAAAACACCAGUAUACAUAGGAUUAAAGUAAAUAAAGCGAAAUGAAAACUUUAGGUGUUUUAAAGCUCAGUGAUUUUUUUUUUUAUAUUAAAAUGGAGAUAGAAAAACAGUUACUGGAAGGAUUUAAAUGAGGUAAUGGAGUCUCUUCUUAGGGUAUAUAGGCCUCUGGCCACAGUAUUUGUUUCUUCUUGUAAAGAUUAUAUGAAUAAAUAUUAGAUUAUAUGUUCAGUUAUUUGAAGUCUUGAAAUUAACAAAAUUUAUAUUUCAAGAUUAAGGAGUUGGCGGGGUUGGGCAUUUAGCUCAGUGGUAGAAUGCUUGCCUAGCAAGUGCAAGGACCUGGGUUCAGUCCUCAGCUCUGGGAAAAAAAAAAAAUUAGGGAGUUGUGGUAUGUAGUGCCCCCAUGGUCCCAGCACUUGGAAAGUAGUCACAAGUAUCAAGAGUUCAAGAUCACCCUGGCCAUAUACAGAAUUUGAGGACAGCUGUGGCCAAAUACAAAAACACAAAACACGUACAACAAAAAUAGAUUAGACUGAGACUGGGGUAUACAGACUCAUCAGUAUAGUACGGGUUCACCUCUAUACGUGUUCACAACACAAGCUCCAUUUACCAGUCCUAGCAAAGCAAGGGAGGAGAGCCUUUGUUUUCAGAGUGGUCAUAGGAAGAUGUGGGUUUUAGUAAACUGCUUUGAAUACAGAAAGCAUUAUUUAUAUGGUUUUAUAUGAAUACAACCUCUCAAAGUGAUCAUUCUGAGUCACUGAAUAAAUAACCCUUGGUCUCACUAGUACUCAAACACAACUGAGACAUUGUUUGAAAUGUUAUGACUCAGUUUAUUAUUACUAAUAAUCACUAAUCGUGAGGAUGUGCUUAUUUUAUGAUUUUAAGUUCCUAAAUCUGGAGCUGGGGUGUAGCCCAGUCAUUACAGUGUUUGCUAACAUGGGUUGAAUGUGCUACUGCAGGCCAUCAAUCCUAGCACUCUACAGAUUGAUCAGAAGUUCAUGGUUAUCCUCAAGAGUUUGUCUUUUGUUUACAUUUAGAUUUUAGACAUAAUAGUGUGGUCAAAUAUUUUGCAUUGACUUUUUGAAAUGAAAACAUUCAUAGAAAUUCAUUCUGGCACAGAUGAUGUGCUAGAUUCUAAGGUUCAAGGCCAGACUGACCUACAGAGUGAGUUCCAAGUUAGCCAGAUACACAGAGAGACCCUGUCUCAAAAAACAAAAACAAAAACAAAAAAAAACCCAAGGUGCAGAGGUGGGGGUGGGGAGUGGGGAAGGGGUUGGAGAGGUGGCUCAGCAGUUGAGAGCAUUGACUGCUCUUCCAGAGGUCCUGAGUUCAAUUCCCAGCAAGCAAUGGUCACUCACAACCAUCUGUAAUGAGAUCUGAUGCUGCCUUCUUGUGUGUGAAGAGAGUGACAGUGUACUCAUAACAUAAAAAAUAAAUAAUAAAUCUUAAAACAAACAAACAGAACAAAAGGGAGUGGGGAGGAGAAAAGAAAAAAUAAUCAGAGUCAUAGUAGAAUGUGGCGAUUUUGCAAGUGAUACAAGUGACCCUUAGAUAAAAGUGACUAAUUCUACAUGAAAUCCUGUUUCAAAAAUACACUUUCUAAACCCCUUUUUCAUUGGAUUUACUUGUAUGUCGCUUCAUUGGAUUUAUUUAUAUGCCAAUAGGAUUUUGAGAAUUUGGUCAGGCUCGGUUUUAUAAUAGGAAAGAAUCAUGUGUUUUUUAGAAAUAAAAGUCCUAAUAUCCAUUAGGCUGGUGGGGCGUCUCAGACUAUUUUACAUGAAUUAAGAGAGGGUUGCUUAGGUUUUGGUUCUAAUUCUAUUUUUAAUAACUUUCCUUACUUCACAGUUUACUUUAAAUUUUAAUAAAAUUUUAAAUUAUGAAAGUAAUGUAUGCUUAUAAAAUAUUCAAACAGUUCAAAAGUAUAUCAAAUACAAAUGAAAGUAUCCCCACUCUUCCUCGGUAACUACUGCUUGGCAGUUUAAAUAAUCACUUGUAAAUAAACUUGGAUUUUAAGUA